GCAAACCAUAAUCUAUUAGAAUUCAUAGUUGUAUCAAAUAGUUGUGUUUCUUUGCAUCAAAGUCUCAAAAUUAACAGAGCAUGUCGAGAUUGAGUUUCCUCAAGUUUCAAGGUAGCUUCUCAGGGAAGCCAACCUCUCCACGCAAAAAUCAACCCAGGAAGAACAGCUUCAACUCAAGACAAACAUCAACAGCAGGACUGAAUUUCUGCCCAAACAAAGAUGAAAUGAAAUGGGUGUUCGGGAAAUUCGACUCCAACAAAGAUGGCAAGAUUAGCCUCCAAGAGUACAAGGAAGCAGCGAGGGCCUUGGACAGGGGUGUUGGGGAAACAGAGGCAGCAAAGACAUUCAAAGUCAUGGACUCGGACGGAGAUGGGUUCAUUGACUUCAUUGAGUUCAUGGAAAUGUUCAAUGGAGAUCAGGGAAGUAGGAUCAAAGAAGAGGAGAUUAAGAGUGCUUUUCAAGUGUUUGAUUUCAACGGUGAUGGCAAAAUCAGUGCUGAGGAAUUAUUGAGAGUUCUCAAAAGCCUGGGAGAGAGUUGCAGCCUCAGUGCUUGUAAGAAAAUGGUUAAGGGGGUGGAUGGGAAUGGGGAUGGUUUUAUAGACUUGAAUGAGUUUAUGAGGAUGAUGAUGAGUGGCAAGAAACUCGCUUAAAUGAUUCAGAGCAAUAUACACAUAUAAAUUUGUCACUUUAAGAAUAUAGGCUCUAUUUCUUCCGAAUUUUCAAAACACUUUUUUGUUUUUAAAAAUUGAAAACAUGUUUGAUA